GCGUGGUUGUGUUAGUUGUCAAGAGAAACUAACCGCCACUUAGAGAAGGAUAACAGAACAAUGGGUAUGAAUUCCAACAGAGUAGAGCACUUUGAUUGCUGCCAUGAAACCGCCAUAAAAAUCCAACCUGAGACACCAAUGAACAUCAUCCACCAAGUUCGGUUGCCACCAAAGAGAACCACACUCCUCAAACUCAGACAAAGGCUGUCUGAAAUCUUCUUCCCUGAUGAUCCACUCCACCGUUUCAAGAACCAAACUUGGUUAAUGAAGUUGCUUCUAGGAAUUCAAUACUUCUUCCCCAUUUUCCAGUGGGGUCCUCAAUACAGCCUUGCACUUCUUCGCUCCGAUCUCAUCUCCGGUCUCACCAUUGCUAGCCUCGCCAUUCCUCAGGGAAUCAGUUAUGCAAAACUUGCUAAUUUGCCACCUAUUAUUGGACUAUAUUCUAGUUUUGUGCCACCAUUGGUGUACUCCUUGCUAGGAAGUUCUAAGCAUCUUGGUGUUGGACCUGUUUCAAUUGCAUCUUUGGUUAUGGGAUCCAUGUUAAGUGAGACAGUUUCUUUCACUCAAGACCCAAUUCUCUACCUGCAAUUGGCUUUCACUGCCACUUUCAUUGCUGGUUUAUUCCAAGCUUCUCUUGGUAUAUUAAGGUUGGGCUUUUUAAUUGAUUUCCUAUCAAAGGCAACGCUUGUGGGUUUCAUGGCUGGUGCUGCGAUCAUUGUGUCACUUCAGCAGUUAAAAGGAUUGCUUGGAAUAGUGCACUUCACUACCAAGAUGCAAAUAGUUCCUGUUCUGGUCUCUGUUUACAAGGAAAAAGAUGAGUGGUCAUGGCAAACCAUUCUUCUGGGAUUUGGCUUUCUGGCCUUCUUGCUGACAACAAGACACAUUAGCAUGAAGAAACCAAAACUAUUCUGGGUGUCAGCAGCUGCCCCUUUGACAUCAGUUAUUCUGUCAACCAUUUUAGUCUUUCUUCUCAGACAUAAGACUCAUCACAUUGCAGUUAUUGGAUACUUACCAAAGGGCCUUAAUCCACCAUCACCAAACAUGUUAUACUUCAAUGGUCCUUACUUGGCUCUUGCUAUCAAAACAGGCAUUGUCACAGGGAUCUUAUCUCUCACUGAAGGAAUUGCAGUAGGUAGAACAUUUGCAUCACUUAAAAACUACCAGGUGGAUGGGAACAAAGAAAUGAUGGCUAUUGGUAUUAUGAACAUAGCUGGUUCUUGUUCUUCAUGCUAUGUCACCACAGGGUCCUUUUCUCGGUCAGCUGUUAACUAUAAUGCUGGAGCACAGACAGCAGUUUCAAAUAUAAUCAUGGCUGCAGCAGUUCUAGUGACCCUUCUGUUUCUCAUACCUCUAUUCUACUAUACACCAAAUGUGGUCCUAGCAGCCAUUAUCAUCACUGCUGUGAUUGGACUCAUAGAUUACCAAGCUGCACUUAAAUUGUGGAAGGUUGACAAACUUGAUUUCCUAGCAUGUUUGUGUUCCUUCUUAGGGGUUCUGUUCAUUUCCGUGCCUCUAGGCCUGGGUAUAGCGGUUGUCAUAUCAGUGUUCAAGAUCCUGCUUCAUGUCUCUAGACCAAAUACUGUGGUUUUGGGGAAUAUACCAGGAACACAAAUAUUCUACAACAUAAAUCAAUACAAAGAAGCUUUAAGAGUUCCUUCAUUUCUUAUUUUGGCUGUGGAGUCUCCAAUCUACUUUGCUAAUUCCACUUACCUUCAAGAAAGAAUACUGAGAUGGGUUCGGGAAGAGGAAGAGCUUAUAAAAGCAAACAAUGGAGAAUCAUUGAAGUGCAUAAUUUUAGACAUGACAGCUGUCACAGCCAUAGACACAAGUGGGCUUGAAACUUUAGGUGAACUUAGAAAGAUGCUGGACAAAAGAUCACUUCAGCUUGUGUUGGCAAAUCCUGUUGGAAAUGUGAUGGAAAAGUUACAUGGCUCAAAAGUGUUGGAUUCCUUUGGAGUAAAAGGAGUAUAUCUCACAGUGGGAGAAGCUGUGGCUGACAUUUCAUCAUUAGAAAAAGCUCAGCCUUGAUUUUCCAUAAAUAAAUGGUGUUCUAGGACAGGGGUAAGAGUAUGAGAUGUACAUGAUAGGAACCAGCAAGUUAUAACCUGCGGAGUUUUUUGCCUGUGAGAUCUAAUGUAUGUUAGUAGAAACCUUGAAGCAUUACCCCUGAGGGGGUUGAAUAAAGAAAAGAAAAAAAGAAGUGAAAAUAGUGUUUCUUAUCUCAGUUUGGUGCUCCUGCGGAUGUUACUCCUAUAUUUUCAGCAAUUUUAACAUUUUUUCCCUCAAGGGAAAGAGCA